AUGAGCCUAUCUUUUCAACUCAACGUGGUUGCAGAUGAAACGGCUCAUCUCCCUCCAUAUUCAGAUAAAUGCAUCCUACCGCAAUCGAUCCUCGAGUCGAUAACGCAUCAAUUUUCAGAUAAGAUUGCCACGGGGGAACCACUAAUAUUCCGACUAUCCAGCUGUGAUGCACCGCACAGUCGUAGUUUACACGUGGGGGUACGAGAAUUCACAGCUCCUGAAAACUGCAUCAUCAUGCCCACUUCCAUCCUCGCGAGACUCCAGCGCCCAUUGACAAUCUCCAUCGAGCUAGAGUUCACUAUCGCGAAAGCUAAAUCAGUCAAGAUCAAACCCAAGAUGUUUUAUCCCAACAUUACAGACUACAAGUUCUUUUUCGAGGCUACAAUUACGAAAUUCUACACUUUGGUCCAGUUGGGUGAAUUGACGAUUGAGACUGGUGGAUUGCGCUACGAGUUUCUAGUUGAGGAGAUUAAUGGCGGAGAGGUCCAAGUUGCCUCGUUGAUCAAUACCGAUGUUGUGCUUGACGUUGUGCCGUUGGAUGAUACUAUGGCGCAGCGACAAUUGGACCGGUCAAAGUCCAUGAUGGAGAGGGAACCGGUGACUUUGCACAAGGGCGACAGAUUGGCGUUGCAGUUGAAGCCGAUUUUGCAGCUGAGUGGUGAAGUGCCCCUCGUUUACAAGUGGGAUCGAGCUGCCGGCGGCGAUGUUGAAUUCCAAAUCAGGAACGUGGGCGGCAAUAUCGAGGAUGUGUUUAACGUGGACUUGAUUGUGGGUGACCAAUUUUGCGGCUUGGAGAAUUGGCAGUUGAGCACGUUGGAUCAGGAUUCAAAACUACAGGAAAAGAGCGAAAGUGGGGAAGCAGUUGGCAAGCAAUUGAGACAGCCAGGUAUAAGCAAAAGUAGCAAAACUUCAAAAGAUGGUGAUAGUGACAGCGCUUUUGUCUAUGUGACUCCAUUUGCGUGGCAUAGUGGAGUUGAAGUAGAAUUGAUCGUGAAGGACCCCCACGAGACGCAAUCUAACGGCACAGCACACGACGCAAAAGACACCACACAAGCAAGAUGUUCCAACUGCUUGAAACUGAUCCCGCGGGAUAAGCUCCAACUUCACGAGCUCCAUUGCUUGAGAAACAAUGUGCGAUGUCCCCAAUGCAACGCCAUUUUCCACAAGUGCAUUCCAGCAGCACAUUGGCAUUGUGAAGCGCACCCCUGCAACAGCAACAAAGUGCAUGGAAACACCGAGUUUACCAAGUUCAAACACCAGAAACUUUACCACACACCGCAAACGUGCAGCUGUCGACAAGAGUUUCCUAAUUUUUUCCAACUUGUACAGCACAAGUCGCUGGACUGUGCUGAGAAACUACACCAGUGUCGAUUCUGCAUGCUAAUUCUCGCGCAGGGGAAACCGAGCUAUGAAAGUGUCUACAACAACAUGAGCCAGCACGAGUUUGAAUGCGGCAACAAGACAGUCGAGUGUGUCAAGUGUGACCAGAUUAUUCGCCAUAAGGAUCUACAGAAACAUUUACAAGUGCAUCAACUUGACAAGGCUAACUGGAAUGCAAGCUUUGUAUUUGAGAAAUGCCGCAAUGCCAACUGCGUCAAUCAAAACUCAAGCGAGAAUCUCUUGGGGCUAUGUUCAAUGUGCUAUGGUCCAUUAUUCGUUUCACAACAUGACGCCACGCACCUCAAGCUUCAACAGAGAUUAGAGCGACGCUAUGUGUUGCAAAUGACCAAAGGGUGCGGUAGUCCGUGGUGCAACAACGAGUACUGCAAGGUCAACUCCAGCUUCACGAUCCAAGAGGCACUCGGUGUGAUAAACAGCAAGUUGUUGAAACGCGUUCAACACCCAACCCUACCAAUCAACGCAAAAGAACCGCCCACCACUGGCAGUGGCAAGAACGACUUUUGGUUCUGUGUGAGCCAGUCGGUAGCGGCCAAGAAUGUGCUCUAUCAAUUGUUGCUCUGCGAAGACCAAUACGAGCCAAAGAUUCUCUUGAAAGCGCUACAGCAAAACACCGACGACGAGCUGAAGAUCAGGGAAUGGUUGGAAGAACAUGGCGUGAAGAAACGCAUAGAUUGA